UCUAGUGAAGUAACAGCAGAGAAGAAAAGAGGAAGACAAUGGCGUGAACGAGAAGGAUGAUGAAGAAGGGGUUGGUGGUGUACAAGUUAUACAGAGCCCUAACCCACGGCCUAUCGCCGUUAAUCCGCCUCCACCUGCGCUGGCGGCGCUUCCUCGGCCUGGAGCACCCGCACCGGUGGCUGGAGCGCCUCGGCCUCCCCUCUCAGCCCCGGCACGCGGGUCCACUCCUCUGGUUCCACGCCGUUUCCUUAGGCGAAGGAAUGAUCGCCGUUCCCGUCAUCAAACACUGCAUUCGGCGAAUGCCUCACUUGAACGUGCUCAUGACCAUCACCACCAUGUCCUCGUUUGAAGUAUUGAGCAAGUCGCUUCCGAGUGGAAUCAUUUUACAGUUUUCACCAGUUGACACCCCUACUUCCAUCCAUUCUUUCCUUGAUUACUGGAAACCAAAUGCUAUUGUGCUGAUGGAAAGUGAACUCUGGCCAAAUCUCAUCAUGGAUGCUUCCAGAAAUGGUAUAAAACUGGCACUCUUAAAUGCUCGGAUGUCUGAAAAGUCCUUUAAAAUUUGGUCAAGACCAGUGCUUCUACCAUUAAUUUCAUUGAUGUUAUCCAAGUUUUCGUUGAUUGUCCCAUUGAGUACAGAGCAGGGUAUCCGGUUUCAGCUGCUACAAGCCCCUCCUUAUAUCAUAAACUUUUCUGGUGAUUUAAAAUAUGUAAUAGAAGAUUUUGGAGUCAAUGAAAGAGGUAGAAUUGAUAUAGACAAUCUGAGACUAGAGCUUACACAAAAGAAGGUUUGGAUGGCUUCUUCCAUUCAUAGUGGAGAAGAAGAAAUAAUAUUAGGUGUUCACAAUGCCCUUAUGCAGCAACAACCUAAUACAAUGACUAUUAUUGUCCCUCGGCAUCCACAGGAAGGACGAGAGAUUGCCAAAAAAUUGGAGAAAGAAGGACAAAAUGUCGUUUUGAGGUCUCAAAAUGAGAAGUUUAAGCCUGGAACUGAUAUUUAUGUGGUGGACACUUUGGGUGAAUUAAGACUCUUGUACACAUUAACACCAAUAGCUGUGAUUGGGGGUUCGCUACUCCCUGGUUUGUCUGGCCACAAUAUCUCAGAAGCUGCUGCAGCAGGCUGUGCUGUUUUGACAGGUUGUCACAUUGGGCAUUUCUCCCACAUGGUACUGGAAAUGCAACGAUCAAAUCCUUUGUCGGUUCAUCAGGUUUCUGGAAAACUGGAGCUCGAAAAAGCUCUCAUUGAGCUCUUCACCAAUGCAACACUUCUGGAAGCACGCCGUAGAGCCGCUAAGGAAGCGUUUUGUCAGUUGUCCUGUGGCAUUGUUGAAAAUAUUUGGAGUUUGCUAAAUUUUCAUAUUUUUUGUAGGUUGUCUGCAGAUGAAUCCAAGAGUUUUAGACUAUGAGAAAUGAAGUUUCACAUUGUCACAACAAAUUUUCGUUCAGACUCGAACCAUUUAUUGGAUUCAUUUACCCCGCGAUAGAAGCACACCCAUAUUUAUAACCCCAUUUCACAGUAAUGAUGGUUUGAUGUUAUUAUUUUAACAGCAUGCCAUCAAUCUACUCGUUAGCUUUCUAAUAUUCUCGGAUAUUACCUAACAUCAAAAGCUUGAAGAGUGUAGAUGCCAGAUGCUUCUUUUAUUCAAGUGUUGUUACAAACUUUUACUUUGGUUUGGACUUUGGCAAAUGUGUUUCAAAUCGUUGAGUAGCUCAUGAACAAUCAUCUCCUGGCCAUACAAUAGGCUCUUGUAGGUGGCUUUGAAUAUUGUGAUUCGUACUAUAGAGUUGCUAUUUGCAUAAUCAUAUAGCAUCUCAUAAUCUAUUUCGUGGUGGGUACAUUAAAAUA